AUGGAAGCAACCAGAACGAUAAUUGAUUUUGGGCAUUUUGGCCAUGAUAACGGAAUUGCUCCUCAGUUCUUUCUCUCUUCUCGGGUUUCAAUCCAUGUCCAGAUCAUCCAGACAAUGAUUUUCACACGCAUUUCACGAUACCUCUCCCGUUCCUCUCACUCUACGUUCCAACGUAAUGUGAGGGGAUUGAUUUCAAGCGAACCAUCAGCAAAUGCGAGCAUCGCACGCUUCGAUGGCGGAGCAGGGCUCGUAAGGAGCUACUUGACCUCAAUUUGUGCAAAGGGGCAGAUUAUUAAGCCCAAAAUAGAUGCUUCUGAAGUUCAAUUCUUUGCAAAAAACCUAGGGUUACGAAGGCUGUUCUGCAGCGAGGCACCAAAGAGGAAAAACUAUGAAAACUAUUAUCCAAAGGGAAAGAGAGAGGUGCCAAAGGGAGAAGGACAAAAAUCGGGCUCUAAAGGAGAGGACUCUGGUAAAGGUGACAAUCGAGAGAACCUGAUGAAGCAAUAUCAGAGUUUAAUCUCACCUUUGAUGUUUUUCGCUUUUGUGUUAUCAUCAAUCUUUUUAGCUCCUCAGGAACAAAAACAGAUAAGUUUUCAGGAGUUCAAAAACAAGCUUCUAGAACCUGGUCUAGUCGACCACAUUGUUGUCACCAACAAAUCUGUUGCUAAAGUUUAUGUAAAGACCUCACUGCCCAAUACAAUCCAAAGCAGUGAAGAAGGUGUCCGGGGUCCCAACAGUAGCGAUGUGGGGCCCAGACGAAACGUGAGCCACUACAAAUACUAUUUCAAUAUUGGAAGUGUGGAUACAUUCGAAGAGAAACUCGAGGAAGCUCAGGAGGCAUUGGGAAUCGACCCUCAUAAUUAUAUUCCUGUCACAUAUUCUUCAGAAACAAAUUGGAUCCAAGAACUAAUCCGGCUUACUCCAACAUUAUUACUCCUAGGAACAUUAUAUUUCAUGUUAAAAAGAAUGCAAAUCAAUGUUGGAUCCGGUGGAAAAGGUGCACGUGGGAUUUUCAACAUUGGCAAAGCACAAGUCACAAAGCUUGAUAAAAAUUCCAAAAACAAAGUAUACUUCAAAGACGUAGCCGGUUGCGACGAAGCAAAACAAGAAAUCAUGGAAUUCGUCCAUUUCUUAAAAAACCCUAAAAAAUACGAAGAAUUAGGAGCGAAAAUCCCAAAAGGCGCGCUUCUCGUGGGCCCCCCGGGAACCGGGAAAACCCUUCUCGCUAAAGCAACCGCGGGUGAAUCCGACGUUCCUUUCCUAUCCAUCUCCGGUUCCGACUUCAUGGAAAUGUUUGUCGGCGUGGGACCCGCAAGGGUCCGCAGUUUGUUCCAAGAAGCAAGACAGUGUGCACCAAGUAUAAUCUUCAUCGAUGAGAUAGACGCGAUCGGACGCGCACGUGGUCGUGGUGGGUUUUCAGGUGGAAACGAUGAACGCGAAAGCACGUUGAAUCAGUUAUUAGUUGAAAUGGAUGGAUUCGGUACGACUUCAGGAGUUGUUGUACUUGCGGGAACAAAUAGACCCGAUAUUUUGGAUAAAGCUUUGUUGAGACCCGGGAGAUUUGAUCGACAAAUUUCGAUUGAUAAACCGGAUAUUAAAGGGCGCGGACAAAUUUUCAAAAUUUAUCUUUGUAAGCUGAAGCUCGACGAAGACCCUGAAAAAUAUUCAAAAAGGCUUGCGGCGCUGACACCUGGAUUUGCGGGAGCGGAUAUCGCGAAUGUAUGUAAUGAAGCCGCGCUGAUUGCUGCGAGGUGUGAGAGCGGUGUCAUUACUAUGGAACAUUUUGAGGCGGCUAUCGAUAGGGUUAUUGGAGGUUUGGAGAAGAAAAACAGGGUGAUAAGUAAGUUGGAAAGGAGGACAGUUGCGUAUCAUGAGUCUGGGCAUGCGGUUGCUGGAUGGUUUCUAGAACAUGCUGAACCGUUGCUUAAAGUGACUAUUGUUCCUAGAGGAACUGCUGCUCUUGGUUUUGCUCAGUAUGUUCCUAAUGAGAACUUGUUGAUGACUAAAGAACAGCUUUUUGAUUUGACUUGUAUGACACUUGGAGGUCGAGCAGCUGAGCAGGUUUUGAUUGGGAAGAUUUCAACGGGAGCUCAGAAUGAUUUGGAAAAGGUAACAAAGAUGACGUAUGCGCAAGUGGCUGUGUAUGGAUUUAGUGAGAAAGUAGGUCUUUUAUCUUUUCCACAAAAUGAUAAUGCAUUUGAGGUGACAAAGCCUUACAGCAGCAAAACAGCUGCGAUAAUAGACAAUGAGGUGAGAGAAUGGGUUGCGAAAGCGUACUCACGAACACUGCAACUGAUUGAGGAGCAUAAAGAGCAAGUGGCUCAGCUUGCAGAACAGUUGCUUGAAAAGGAAGUGUUGCAUCAGGAGGAUUUGGUUCAUAUACUUGGUGAACGGCCUUUUCAGAGUAGUGAACCUACGAAUUAUGAUAGGUUUAAGGAAGGGUUUGUGGAGAAUGAUGACCAGGGAUUAGCUGGUGAAAAAUGACUUCAACAGUCAACAGGUAGGUGAAGGUGAGGUGGUUUUGUUUGAAUGGCAUAUGAAGUGAUUUGUUGAUUGUUAGAUGUUUGAAUCAAUAAAUAAAUUUAGCAACACAAGUAAGUUUCUUGGAGAUUGGUGAUGUAUAUAUAUAUAGUAUUUUGGAACAUGUUCACUUUGCUUGAGUUGAUAUCUCAAGAGAAUUCAAACAACAUUAGAUAUUACCUUGUUUGCAACUAUGGGAUAUUGUGAUUUACAAUC